GGUUCAGGCCGCGCUGCGCUACGCCGCGCGUGUUACAUAACAGUGGCCGGAGGGCGCCGCCGAUUUCUACUCGAGCCGCCCUCGCGUGCGGACCUCUCGAUCCCCUCUCGGAACCCGCGUAAUACGAAAUUGCACCCUCGCGCCUCGUCACGUUAGCUUCGGACGUGUGCUGCGAUACCGUGACUCUCCUCGCGACUGUCCGCGGCGACUUCCCGCGUUCAACAGAUAAUUUUUGUUCACAGAACACCUGAAAGACGUUUUAUAAACUUUAAUAGUCGGUUGUUAGCUUCCCACUUCGCAGCGAAGGCGAUACCGAAAGAGAUUCGUGAAGGGAAAUAGAUUGUGAAACGUAUUUGUUGUGUGCCACUAGUGUGAUGGAGUGUCAGUGUGCGCUUUACUUGAAGAUAGACAAUAAACAGUUACAGUGAAAGGUGGCAAAGGUGGUGACCGGUCGAAUAAUAUGUAAUACGUCACAAUUGUGACUAACCACAGACAAUACGCUGUGCGAGUGGCAACUAGUGGGUUAAGCUCCAAACGAAGAUGGGCAAGAAGAAUUCGAAACUCAAACAAGAUACGAUCGACAGACUGACGAGCGCCACUUACUUUACUGAGAAGGAAAUACGACUUUGGCACAAAGGAUUUCUAAAGGACUGUCCAAACGGACUUCUCACUGAACAGGGAUUCAUAAAGAUCUACAAACAGUUCUUCCCCCAAGGUGACCCCAGCAAGUUUGCGUCACUAGUGUUUCGAGUAUUCGACGAAAACAAUGACGGUUCCAUCGAGUUCGAGGAAUUCAUACGAGCAUUAUCGGUGACGUCACGGGGAAAUCUUGACGAAAAACUACAUUGGGCGUUCCGACUUUACGACGUGGACAACGAUGGUUACAUUACAAGAGAAGAAAUGUAUAACAUAGUGGACGCAAUCUAUCAGAUGGUGGGUCAGACGCCGCAACCAGAGGACGAGAACACACCGCAGAAACGCGUAGACAAAAUUUUCGAUCAAAUGGACAAAAACCACGACGACCGUCUCACACUGGAGGAAUUCCGUGAAGGCAGCAAAGCGGACCCGCGUAUCGUUCAAGCAUUAUCUCUUGGAGGCGAUUAAUCUAUGGUCAUCCUCUCGCCGGAUUUCACAUUUACUUAAGAGAGCUACUAAUGACUCCGCCGCGUGUAAUUAAGUACUUGAUUUACAAAAAUAUAACAAUAACAGUCAAACUAUAUAUAUAUAUAUAUAUAUAUAUAUAUAUAUAUAUAUAUAUAUAUAUAUAUAUAUAUAUAUAUAUAUUACUUCUAAAUUUGCUUUCACGUGGAUAUAUUUAGAAUAAAAUUAUAUUUUUGCUGAAAUCUAUUCUUCGCCAUCGUAAGUGUAAUUUAAUAAAAAUAUUUAAGCACAUAAUAGUUUAUUUUACAUAUAUUGAUAUCGAUGAUUUUCAAUUCAAAUUGUGAGAGACUUGAUGUGUCUUAUUUAUAUUUAUAUUUUUAGAAGAAACUCACUUUGAGUUUCUUCUUUACAUAUAGGAUAAGAUUUGUCUAUUGUAACGUUAUAACACACUUCCGCUCACUCUAUUAUUCUUUGCCAUGUAUUCAUAAUACAUUUAUUUUUUUUUUUAUUUUAAUUCAAUUAUCUACUUUUAUUUUUCUCACCACUAAUUGUGGGAUAAUUUGCCCACACGCGGCGGAUGUUUGAUUACAAAUAAUUGUAACAUUUGCCAAUAGGAACGGCGGGCAAAGUGCGAGGCUUAUUAUUUCUAUAUUACUUAUACAAAUCUUUCCCCUAUGUUAGCUUAUUGUGGUGUGCUUUAUUGUUACUAUCUGUCCUGAUUGUACAAUCAUGGUUUUAAUAAGUACUUUGUCUGUAGUCGGUAAACUUUAUUUAUAUUUUACGGAAAUGUGCACUUAGAGGAAAAAAUAUGUGUAACGUAGCGUGUAACAAAAUUCAGUGUACAUCUAUGAACUAACAGAGACAGUAAAGUAGGUACAAUAUAAAAUUUAUUGUUUAUUCUUGUACCUAUACAAAUACACUAUAUCUUAUAUUCUUUCAUCACCUAAUAAUGAUUGGUGAAAUAAAUACUUACGUCUUAUUAUUGCUUUCCAACUUACACUGUUCACAACGCUGAUAUGUCAGUAAUUUUGAAAAUUUCCUACCCCUUCGCUGAAUAGAAACAGCAUUUCUCGCUCCACCAGACAGGAGCAGUUGACUGAUUCUCUUUCCGACAUAUUUAUUAUAUAUGUAAGAAAUAUUUUAGGCGUUGAAACAUGAAUAUUUAUCACUUGUUCAUAUGCACUGUUGUUUUCACAUUUUAAUUCGUAGAAACUAAAAACUGUUCGAACAUAUACGACAAUUUGUUAUUGUCAAUAGCGAUAUUUUUGGCAACACAUUAUUAUCGCUAACAAUUUCUAAAAAUACAAUUUGUAUAAUUAAUAUAGUGUAUCUGUAUAUGUAAAACAUAAUAGCUAAGAAGAAAUAUAGUAUAGUAAAACCAGGCUCCAAACCAGAGUAUAACUGCACUCAUUACUGAUGUUUCUAUUUCUUAAACUAUUUAGAUACUUAAGGAGCUUUUUAUCAUAAAGUUUAUUUGAUUACUUAUUCUUUAAUAACUAAUAUAUAUUUCGUUGUCAAAUUUAUUCACCUCUAUCCCAUGCCAUACUUAUUUUCAUUUCUAUUUCAUAUUUUUAUCUUUCGUUACCUUUUCUAGCUUCAUUAGUAAUGCAUGCAUUGUAUAAGUUUAAUUAAAAAUGUGUCUGUUAUAUGUUACCAUUGCUAAUUAAAACAAAAUUAUUCCCACUUACAAAUUGUUAUUACUUAUAGUAAAAUAUUAUUUUGACUGAUUGACGACUUAAAUAUACCGAUAGAGGCUUUAUAACUUUAUUUAAUACUUACGCUAGCAUGUUUUAAGUACUAACGUAAAUGUAUAUAAUAUUGCAUUAUCUGUAAUCAUUUUGGCCAUAUAAGUAACAGUAACUAAUUGAUUAUAAAACGUUUUAAAACAAUAAUCUUGCUCUCGAUUACCUUAAAAUAUUAGGUUGAAAAAACCUUCCAAAAUUUCAAUCCAAAACCUAUUGAGCAUAUCCUUGCUAUUCGACCUGAGUACGUCUCCUGUUACAUCACGAUAUUAAUACCCAUUACGUUGUUUAUUUAUAACACGGAUAUACGAGUAGAUGACUGUUUAAUAUGGUACAAGAGGUUUAAAAUUCCACCAGUUCAUAUUCGAUCCGUGAUGUAAUUGGGUGCAUACUCGACCCAAAUAGAUAAGAAAAUAUAUUUGAAUACGACCGAACUGUCUGUAAUAGGAUAUGUAUUUUAAAUUAAAAAUUUUAAAUGUAAUAUAACAAAGUACAACUCCCACAGCCCAGCAUUGUUUCAGAAUUUGUAUGUUAAUGUCGGUUAUAGUUGAGACAAUACACAUACCUAAGAUCAACUCUGAAUUUUGAAUACAUUGUCGAUUGUUGGUGUAAAUAUUACUUAUUUAUAAUUUAAUUAAUAUAAUAUUACGAUAGUUACGGGAAGUAUAAGAGACAAAAGUUGUGUACUCUCGCCAUUUAUUUCGUGUUGGCAAAUUGAAUGAUGCUCUAAUUGAAGUAAAUGAUGAACAAAACCUGUACUGAACUGAUUCUCUGGUAAUAUCAAUGAUCUAAUAGGUGGCAUUGAAGGGGGCGCCAAACUAAUAUCAAUAUAUAUUAUAAUUAAAUGUCACAAUACCUCUAAUAUCUUUUUAAUCUAAACUAAUACACAUUUAUCAUAGACUAUAUAUAUUAGUUCAAAUUUCCUAAUGUUAUUUCGUAACACAACGUUAUAUCUACUUGGUUUAAAUUGUCACAUUACAAAGUACAACUAAAUACAACAAGCUGGUUAUCAGUUUAUUAAACACAGGUUGUUGAACUGAAGUCGAAUAAAUUAUUGAUUUAUCGUAGACAAGAUAACUUACUAUUAAUUAUAAUCUCCAAUUGUUAAUGCAUUAAUAUAAAUAAAGUAAUAAAUAAUUAUUUUAAAAUAUACACAUAGAAACAAAUUUAAAGGCCCACUUCUGUUUGGUUUAUAUCUAUGUACAAUUUUCGUUUUCGAUGCGUGGGGAAUUGAAAAUUAUUUUAGAUAUUCGCUAAAACUAAAAUAACAACUACCAGAUAUAUGGAUUAAAUUGUAUUGCAACUUGUCUGUCUACGAAAUCACUAUGAGGUUAACAAUCGAUAAAGCCAAAAUCGUAAUUUCUAUCUUCACACUAAGUCAAGUAUUAACUUGUUUAUUGACAUGCUAUUAGGGACCCUCUCCUUGAUUCUACCAAACCGCAAUAUUAGCAAAGAGAUUUAGGCUCUUACAAGUUACCUCGUUUAAAUCAACACAGUAUAAAACAAAAACAGCAGAUUCAGUACAUAAUAAUAUAAAAAUAAGUCAUUUAUUAAAAUUUAAACAUUAAUUGUAAGUGUUUACAAUUGUUUAAAAUUGUUUAAGGUUUGCAUUUUUUAGUCAAUCCAGAACGUAUAACAUUAUUUUUCAGCACAAUAUCAACAUAGAGAGCUAAUCAGAAAAAUAAAAGUUAUUUGUAAAUGAUAAAGCACUCUAAGAAACAAAAAAUGAGACAUCAUAGUUUAUUAUACUUGACACAUGGAGUAACUAAUCACAGAGCCAUCAGCCAGCAAAAUAUCUGUAAUAGCAAAAUAAAUUUACUGUUCUGUUUACUAUUCACACAAUUAACCGUUUAACAGUUUGGUUUGUGGCGAUUGACGUAUCCCUAAAUUUUUAUAGUUCUGACUAUGACCAGUAUUUUUGAAAUAUUAUAUAAUAAAUUUAGAUACGAACACAAAUUCUCUGUCAGGUAAAAAGGUGACUUACAUUGAACCUUGACUACCGACACCGUGACCUGCAGCUGUGCCUUGGUGUGUUACCAUCUGCCGAUGCCCUUUCAAUUGUAUAUGCACGAAAACGACGUAUUAUAUAAGAAACAGGAAAUCAAAACUUAAAAAAUAUACAGUAUACAUGUAUCUUGUUAAUGUACUCAUAAGUCCCAACUAUAAACCGCAAUCGUAUAAUGACAGUUGACAUUUAUAACACAACUUACUCGCCCCCUUCAUUGAUUUUUAUAAUGCACUCGAAUUUAAAGAUAAGAUUUACUUGCCUGAAAACAAAUAAUAUCCGGGUGAGAGGGAGAGAUGAUUAGCGUCGCAGGACGCUUUAAAAAAUAUUUCAAAAUUGGUUAUACUUACAUUGGUAAAUUUUAUUGAAAUCUAUAUACCUAACUUACAUCAUAAUAUUAUUAAUCCUUAGAUUAUAUAGAUAGAACAUCGAGUCUCAAAAACGAGUCAACUUUUUGUCAGCUAAUUGUCAAAUUAGCUGACUCGUUUUUUAUCAGUGUUCUAUAGAUAUAUAAUACAUACGCACAUAAUGUAUCUUGAUGUAUAUAUAUUUAAUUAUUUAAUAAAGAAAAUGAGUUUUUACGCAUUAAAAAGUUGCAAACAAUAUAAAACAAAAUAAAAAUAGAAGUUAUAAAGGAAACACUCAACUAUUUAUUAUCACGCAAAAUUGUAUGACAAAGUUGACCCGCUUUUCUUGAAGCGUCUGUAUGGAGACACUAUCUAUAUAAUCUAACUAUUAAUUCUUAUGAAAAUUAUUAAAGUAUCAAACAACAUCGAAAGUUGAGCGUUUUCAAAAAUUUGUUACCCAUUUACUUAAGAUUAAUUUUUUUAAAGUAUUUUAGUGUAUUUACUGAGCGUUAUAAUAAUUAUGGAUGUAUUAUAAGCACGAAUUAUAAGUAACUUGCUAUGAACAUUUACGUUAAUAAACCUAGUACUUAAGUACAGGAAGAGAUCAGUAUAUCUAAACUUUGAAAACAAAUCUUUGGAUUGUUAAUUUACAUAAAAUCUUCAUCUAUAAUGACUCUAGCAUUUACAUUUUCUAAAAAAAAUAUGUUACUGUUGAUAGUUGCAAUAUAUUAAACAAUUACUUAUGCUCCAUUAAAGUUAAUAUGCAUUUAAACUUUAUAAAAUUUGAGAAUUACUUGUUUCGGGUUUUUACAGGCCCCAUAGUUAAACAAAAACACAAAUAUUCUCUUACUAAAUAUAUGUUUAACAUGUUGCGAAGUUUACAAAAGUAUAAAAAUUGCAUGUUUACAAUUUUUGGAGGCCACAUUAAAAAAAAAACAACAUUUCUUAAUCCUAUAAACUGUUAUGAGUAAAACGUAAAUUUAAGAUAAUGACGUUGAUUCUAUGUAAGUGUGUAUUUAAUAACAUUUUGGAUAUGAAAUAAAGAAAAACAAUUCGUUAAUUAUUUAACAAGCGACGUUUUCGAUAAUGAAAUCUAAGUAUAGGUAGGUACAUAGUAAUGGGUGCCUACCCACAUAUUAUAUAACUAUAUGAUUAGAGGUAAGCGUAUAGCGAUGGCCGCUAGUGGAUACGACACGACUGUUUCAAAGAACGCUAGCAGCAAGACGCGUACGCGCGUCCUCUGCAGGUUUCAAUCAAGUGACAAAUAAAUUAUCUUUAAUAACGUACGUACUUUGUUCAUAAUAAUAUAAAAAAUAUCCAUGUACUAGAGACGUAGUGUGAUGACGUAGUUUAUGUAAUACUAUCUUUCCAAUAUAGCACUUUUCUCACAUGUUCAGAAAGCCGCAGGGUGCGUCAUGCCGUAUCGGUGGCCUAUGUACACUUUAUUCGGAGAGCACCAUUCUUUAUAUCGUCUUUGCCAAAUUUAGUGUACAAACAACUUUUGAAUACCUCUAGGUAUCUACAUCUCUCUCCAUCCUUUUUGGCGAAUUCUGAAAGCAUAUAUUUUGGAGGACUUUUGGAUAUUUCCGUUAGCUACUCUCAACAUAAUGUAGUAUUAACUCUAAGAAUCUACUUAAUAUAUAAGUAACUUAACUACAGCUUUAUAAGAAUUGUUAUCUUUUGCUUAAAAACUAAACUUUCUUAUGAUACUUGUAACGUAUUUCUAUAUAACUGUUUGCUGUUUAUAAAACUUCAGCUAUUUACUGUGAAAGCGUUGAAUGUUUGCUCGAAGUUUUUGAAAAAAAUAAGUAAAUUAAAAUGGUAGUUGCGAAUCACAAGUCAAUUUGUAUCUUUCGACAGUGUUUGUAGGGAUUAAGAUGCGUUUUUCAAACGAACUAGAGUAGGUAUUGUUGCGGGCUGUGCAUUUCAUAUAGAUUUAAGUAGCGAACCCUUGUUCUUAAAGCAGACCUUACACCUAUGAUAAGUUUCAACAAUUAUUAGCAAGCUCAGCUCAUUAUCGUCAAAACUAAUAAUAUUACAAGAUUUAUUGACUCUACUUAUCUGGUACGGGGUACUGUGUUUUUCUUAUGUUCAUAUCAUUAAGUUACAUUGAGUACAACCUAUUUAAAAAAAAUCUUUAUAUACACAAAUAUAGAAUGAAAAUAAAUAUGGACUCAUUUUGUUUACCAUACAAAAUAAAGUGGCCUAUUAAAACUGCUCGCAGGGCCCUACAUUUAUCUUGACUUCUGUUCCAUAAUGACGACGGUUCAAUCAAACUGAUUCUCUUUAGUUGAAAGACAAAGAAAUGAAAAAUAAUUCUAUUUAACUGUGAUCGAUUUAUUUUUAUGUGUAAAAAAUAUGUUUACAAGUCCAAAUUGUAAGGAAAAAUGAACAGUAUAAUAUCUCCGUAAGGUAUGUUUUUGAGAGAGGCUCGUUUAUGUGUAUAUGAGAUCACAUGUUGUUUACAUGACACUUUAAAACAGUUCUAAAUCUGUCAUCCUAAAAAUAAAUAUAGUAAUAAUAUUAUGGAGUGUACAAACUAACAUAUUCAAUUUAUUCGUAAACAACAACAAAUAUUAUAAAGUCGCUGUCGGCGUCUAUUUCUCCGCUUCUGAAUCAUGCAACGGAUUUAAUACUGGUUUCUUCUAGAUAAUUUACAGAAAGUUGUAUGUACAAUUUGUACCCGCGCUAAACAGGGAUGAGUUGCUAGUACUAAAUACAGUAGACAACAGGAAAAUUAACAAAAACUGCAUUCAAGCCCCUGCAAGCAAAGCGAUCGGUAAGCUGCAAGAAAACGUAUACAUAAUCCUUUAUUACUAAUGGUUUCAUUAACAUACAUAUUUAAAAACCAAAAUAAUAUUACGUAAAUGGUUCUAAAUUAAUUUUGAUCGUAUAUAAAUCAGAUUAAAUUAUCGCCUUCAGUACGUACAAUAUAAUAUAGCCCUCUUUGUCAAACUUAAGUAAAUAUUUUACUCUUCUUAUUAGUACAAUAUUUGAAUUAAACAUUUAUAUUCAAUCAUGUUUUAUAUAUGUACCUUGUACAUAAAGGAACCUCUUAAUUUAUAAUUGCACGUCUACUUACUUGAGUAAAAUUGUAAAAAAUCAGACCACUGAAAGGGCGCAAGUCCUUUUAAUAAGCUUGUUAUAUUUUGUACGCUUUACAUAGCAGCGAACUGAAUUUAUUUCACACCUAGUAUUUAGUGCACCUAGAUAUAAAUGAAUACCUAAUACUUCAUUUGAAGACCGAGGAAAGUCUUUUAAAAUCUUCUAUUCCCUAAAUAUAUUUUAUAUAUAAUAAACACAAGGUGACAUAGUUUACUUUAACUAUUACUUUUAACAGUUUAUUUAGGUACAUAACAAAUACAUACACAUCCUACUACUAUAUUACACAAAUACUAAACAAGUAACCAAAUUUAGUAAUUGUAAAAAUAUUUUGAACAUUCUUCUUAUAUUUUAAAGAUAAAUCAAUUAUAUCUACAUUGUUUUGUUUCUAUAUAUAAAAGUAUAAUAGUAAAAUGUAUUUAUACUUACUACAAACACAGAAGAAACCCUCCGCAGAUUAGCACUUAGAUACAUGACUAUUUCUUUAGAUGUUUAUUUACAUCAAUUAAUCAUUAAUAACAUAUAUAUAUAUAUAUAUA